UCUCCACCCAUCAAUGGAGAACAACCUCGUUAGCUGCCGCGUCGCUCUUCCUUAACUAGUUACUCUUCCUCUUCCACAUCUCCAUCCAUCUAUCGCCGCAGCUUCCAACCUCUGCCCGCCGCCGGCGACCCUGCAUGCGCGGAUGAGCGAGACGGCGAACGAGCUGGCGGAGCUGCUCUGGGACAACGGCCCUGCGCUCAGGAGGCCGCCGCACCCGUUCCCGCCCUUCGCCUGCGCCACCGCCACCACGCCGCCGCCGCACGGGCACGGCCUCUUCAAGAAUCAUCCUGACCUGCCGGUGAUGGAGGACCAUGCGGCCGGCGACGACGAGGACGCCGUGCCGUGGUUGCAUUACCCCGACGCCGACGCCGACGCGGCGCCGCUGCCUCCUGAGUACUGCUCCGCCUUGCUCUCCGGCUUCUCUGAUGGCCUCACAACACCUGCCGCUGCCACCGCCGCGGCGGCGGGGAGCAGGCAGCACUGCUCGUCGUCGCAUGGCGCGGUCGUGCCGACCCCGCCUGCCGCGGCGGCGGCUGCGGCGGCGCCGGAGGCUGUCGCGAAGCAGGCCCGCACGAGCGGCGGGGAUGGCGGCGUCAUGAACUUCACCUUCUUCUCGAGGCCCCUGCAGCGGCCGUCCGGCGGCGACAGCGCGUCCGCGUCCGCCGCGGGCACCUCCAGCGUCGUCCCCGUCGAAUCGACGGUGUUGCAGGCCGCGACGAACACGAACCGGCUAAGAAGCACCCCGCUGUUCUCCGACCAGAGGAUGGCGUGGCUGCAGCCGCCCAAGCCGUCGUCUGUACGCGCCGCCGCGGCAGCCGCUCCUCCUCAGCCGCCGCCCGCGCCGUCGCCUCUGGUCCCACCCACCCGGCAGCGGGACACCACCGCGACGGUGAAACAGAGGUUGCCGCCAUCGGAAGCAAGGGCCCCCGACGCGCCUCCGACAGCUGCGACGGCAACGACCUCGUCCGUCUGCUCCGGCAACGGCGGCCGGAGCCAGCUCAAGAGGAGGGACAACCACUCCGCCUCCGCCGAGUGGUCCGCCAGCCAAGACGAGCUCGACCUCGACGACGACGACGGCGCCCACGGGAAGUCGGCGGCGAGGAGCUCGAAGCGCAGCCGCACCGCCGAAGUGCACAACCUGUCAGAGCGGAGGAGAAGAGACAGGAUCAACGAGAAGAUGCGGGCGCUGCAAGAGCUGAUCCCGAACUGCAACAAGAUAGACAAGGCGUCGAUGCUGGAGGAGGCCAUCGAGUACCUCAAGACGCUGCAGCUGCAGGUGCAGAUGAUGUCCAUGGGGACGACGGGGCUGUGCGUGCCGCCGAUGAUGCUGCCGGCAAUGCAGCACCACAUGCAGAUGGCCGGCCCCAUGGCGCAUUUCCCCCGCCUCGGCGCCGCCGCCGCCACCAUGGGCUUCGGCUUCGGCAUGCCCGCCGCCGCGUUCGACAUGGUCCCGAUGCCCCGCCUCGCCGCCGCCGCCGCCGCCGCCACGCAGUUCCCUUGCCCGAUGUUCCCCGCCGCGCCGCACAUGCCCAUGCCCAUGUUCGGCCUGCCCAUGCCCUCGCCGCCGCCGCCGCCGCUAUUCCCUUACGCGGCCACAGGCGCCGCCGAGCCGACGCCGCCGGGAGGAACAGACACCGGCGACGUCCCCGUCGUCCCACAGGGACAAGAGAGGCAGCAAACGAAGCAGACGUGACGGCCAUCAGAGGCAGCUCUAGCCUCUCUGCAUUUCGCAAUCGCCAUUGCUGCCAUCUCCGACCUUGGCAGGCUUUGGUCUGAACAAAUUUUUUUUUCCCCUUCUUGCGGUACAAAUUGUAGCAAAAUUGAGAACAAAUUGUA